UGUGAUAAUUGCAAAUGGUGAACUUUGAACUGAAGAGCAAAGACGGGUUAGAACUCUUCAAAAUAUAAGCCGAGUAUUCGAGGACUCUUGGUAAUUGCGCGAUCAAAAUUUUCCAGUUAAAACUCUUCUCGUUUGGGUUAGGGCCCGCCCGGGCUCUCUCGGCCCACGAGUGCGGAGAAAUGUCGUUACGAACGGCAGCGCAACGUCUCCUGCAAAAUGGUCGUGUGCUUCUCCGUUCAGUACGCAAUCCACAAUAUUACACGCAAGGCAACAAAAUACACGUUGUGGUAGUAGGUAAGACCCAGGGCCAGCUGCCCACGGGUGGUAAUGUCUCUGCUGCAGGGAGACACCUCGGAUUCCUGGGACUCCAAGCUCGGCGAAUAUUUGUUGACAAUGUUUUGAAGCGAGUGACCAAUAGUCUCGCAGGAGAUUUACGGCGUCGUGCAGCGAAGCGUUUAUUAUUUGGAGAUUCAAGACCAUUCUUUGCUCUUGUUGGCGUAUCGCUCGCAUCUGGUACAGGAAUACUUACGAAAGAUGACGAGCUGGAAGGUGUUUGCUGGGAAAUCAGAGAGGCUGUGUCCAAGGUACAAUGGAACACUCCAAAGAACGACCAGAAUUACGAAGCAACGACGAUUGAAGACAAGCCAGUUGAUUUAAAGGAUUUUGUAAUUGGACCAGCAAUAGCCAAAGGAUGCUCAGCAGUUGUUUACGCCACUCGUCCGAUUGACCCUGAAGAGAAACAGGACUCUCAAAUUACUGUUGAUACCAUUAAUAAGGAUCUGUCUAGCUUUCCAUUAGCUAUUAAAAUGAUGUUUAACUACGAUGCAGAGUCUAAUGCAACAGCUAUUUUAAGGGCCAUGUACAGAGAGACUGUACCAGCUAGAAAACAUUGUCAGAAUGAAGAGCUGGCUUUGUGGGAACAAAAAAUGGCUGACAACAAAAGAGUUCUUCCUCCACAUCCAAACAUCGUCGCUAUGUAUUGUGUUUUUGCCGAUAGAGUUCCUGAUUUACCUGGAUCGUCGAAAAUGUAUCCUGAUGCUCUUCCAGCUAGGAUUAACCCGAACGGCUCUGGAAGGAAUAUGAGUCUCUUUUUGCUGAUGAAAAGGUAUGAUGUCAGCUUGAAACAAUAUAUGGUGGGCAGAGAAUUAAACGUUCGAAAAUCGAUAUUGCUGUUAGCACAACUAUUGGAAGGGAUUGUUCAUAUGUGCUCAGCAGGUAUUGCACACAGGGAUCUCAAAAGUGACAAUAUUCUUCUGGACCUUUCGGAAGAGCGUGAUAAUUGCCCGUCAUUGGUAAUAACUGAUUUUGGAUGCUGCUUGGCAGACAAAACUCAUGGUCUCUACUUGCCAUAUAGUUCUCACGAUAUUGACAAAGGAGGAAACAGUGCACUGAUGGCUCCAGAGAUCGUCAAUGCUGAACCAGGACCAUUCACUAGCUUAAAUUAUACAAAAGCUGAUCUGUGGGCCGCAGGGGCUAUUGCAUACGAAAUAUUUGGUCAGAAGAAUCCAUUUUAUGGAGAAAAAGGACAAAAACCAUUGCUGAUGAACCACAGCUACGUAGAGUCGGAAUUGCCGCCACUUCCAGAAGUGAUACCACCUGUUAUUGUGGCGUUGAUUAAGAAUAUGCUCAACACAAGCAUGUACAAGAGAAAUAGCCCCGAUACGGCGGCAACCAUUAUAGAACUCUUUCUGUGGGCACCAAGUUCUUGGUUACGUAGUGACAGUAAAUUACCGUCAAGUAAUGAGAUUCUUCAAUGGCUUUUGUGUCUCACGACCAAAGUUCUUUGCGAGGGGCGAAAAGUUACUGAUUCUACAUCUAAUCAAUUUUCUCAGAAAAUCAACGAAGAUCUCGUUUCCAAUCGUGAGUAUACUCGGCAAAUGUCUACGCGAUCAUGUGGACGUCGCACAAUGCCCGAGUAUCAAUUGAUAGCCAGCUUUUUAAGUAGGGUUUCGCUGAUAAAUGUCAGGGACGCGUUGAAGUGGAUUCAUAACCACACUUAAACUCUAGUAUUAUUGGAAGGAAACAAGAGAUGAUUCUUAGAUUAUUGUAUACUGAUGCAUUGAUAGAACGUGAUAUGCUGGUAGAGUUCAGUAUAUGUGCUUUAUCUCUUGAAGUUCGAUAAAUUUUAUUUAUUUAUUCAAUAGUCUUGAAAACUUUACAAAAAUGUUGGUCUGGGAAUCAUAUUGCUAUUGGGUAUACCUAACGUGGUUAAACGCUGUCGCACUACAACGCAAUCCUUACGUUGAGGGAAAAAAGGCGAAAAUGAAUUUCUACGUUAUUUCUACUAUUCAUCUUACUGUACAUAAAUUUUCUGACUUGAGGAAGAAUAUUUUUCCUUCUUUUCUGUAACUGCGCGAAGCACAAAAAAAUGGCACUGUAGAAUAAUGUUAUGUCAGUCUCCCCUUUGUGGUGAAAGUGCCUUUGAAAAGGAUGUAGAGAUAAUAUCAGCUUGAUUUUUGAACUUAUUACCUUGUUUUUCAAGUUUUAUUCUACUUAUAUCAUUGUUAAUCUACAAAAAGUAUGUUGAAUACGUGAAAGAAAUAAGGUUCCUUGAAUAAACAAUUUGUCUUAUUAUAAAAUUGAACACUGAGAAUUUUGUCGUACUGGCAGAUAUGGAUGAAAGUGUCAAGAUACUGCGGAACUGCUUUGCGAUACACAUGAUUGUAUCGAGAUAAGUAAGAGGUUGUUGAAAUAUUGAGCUCGUGACGAAUUACGUAAUAUCAUUUAUUCGAGCUUGGUUAAUAUAUCUCAUCGAAAUACUAGUCGAAUGUUGAUACAGAGUAUAUUUCUCUAAAUUGUCACGUUCUAAAAUCUAGCUUUAAGGGAAAUUAUAUUGAAUUGGCUGUUAUUAUUUCAUUGUAUUGAUGAAAACUUGUAUAUGAGAUGUAAAUAUCCAUUUGCAAUUGAACUGGAAUCCAAAUAGAGAAUACAACAUACGUGGAAAGUGCUCUUA